AUGAGAAUAAAACUAGACGAGACUAGUCAAAAAGCAGAAGAGAAUAAUAAAUCAUUAGAGCAGAAAUUAGAAGAAAAUAGUCAAAGAGUAGAAGAAAAAUUAGUAGAAAAUAGUCAAAAAGCAGAAGAGAAUAAUAAAUCAGUAGAGCAGAAAUUAGAAGAAAAUAGGGAGAAAUUAGAAGAAACAUUAGAGAAGAUGGAAUAUAAACUUGAAGAGAACAUUAAAAGAAUAGAAGAACAAAUGGAACAGAGAGUAAAUAAGAGUAUUGGAGAAGUAAAAAUGUUGUACGGAGAGAUCAUGAAUAAACAUGAAAAUUUAGAAACAAAAUUAACUUCUGAAAAUCAAGAAAUAGUAGUUCAAAUACAACAGCAUAAAGAAAGAAUACAUAUGGUAGAAGAAGAAAUAGAAAAGGAAGCAGAAUGGACGAACAACAGAUUUAUGAUGGUAGAUGAAAAUAUAAAUGAAAUAAAGAAAGAACAGAAAACAUCUAAAGAAAAGGAGGAUCAAUUGGAAAAUAAAUGGACGAUUGAAGUAAAAGAAGUGAAACAAGAAAUAGAAAAAAUGUAG